AUGAGCUGCAGCAUCAAGAGAACAUCCAGCACCUCCUACAGGAGCGGUGGAGGUGCCUGUGCUGGUGGCAGUGGCGGUGGCAGUGGCAGUGGCAGGAGCUCUUCGGUGUCCUGCCGGCGCUACGCAGCCUCCUGCUAUGGGGGGGGCAGCUACGGGGGGGCAGCAGGCAGCAUGGGCUACGUAGGGGGCAUGAGCGCUGGCAGCAUGGCAGGAGGCUUCUGUGGGGGCAUGGCAGCAGGCUUUGGUGGGGGCAUGGCAGCAGGCUUUGGAGCUGGAGGGGACAUGCUGCUGAGUGGCAACGAGAAGGUCACCAUGCAGAACCUCAACGACCGCCUGGCUGCCUACCUGGAGAAGGUGCGGCGGCUGGAGGAGGAGAACGCGCAGCUGGAGCACCACAUCCGGGAGUGGUACAGGAAACAAGCCCCCACUGCUGCCAAGGACUACAGCUCCUACUACCAGGCCAUCGAGCAGCUCCAGAACCAGAUCAUUGCUGCCUCUGUGGACAACAACAGACUGCUCCUGGACAUCGACAACAGCAAGAUGACAGCUGAGGACUUCAGGAUGAAGUAUGAGAACGAGUUGGUCAUCAGGCAGACGGUGGAGGCUGACAUCAAUGGCUUGAGGAACCUCCUGGAUGAUCUGACUCUGGUUAGAUCUUCCCUGGAGUCUGAGCUGGAGUCCUUGAAGGAUGAGCUGAUUGCUCUCAAGAGAAACCACGAGGAGGAAAUGAGGCAGUUGCAGUCCCAGACUGGUGGUGAUGUGAGUGUGGAGGUCAACGCUGCCCCUGGACAGGACCUGACCAAGAUCCUGAAUGAUCUGAGGAAUGAGUACGAGCAGAUCAUCGAGAAGAACCGCAGGGAGGUGGAGCAGUGGUAUGAGGUCAAGAUCGAGGAGGUCAAUCGCCAGGUCACCUCCAGCAGCCAGGACAUCCAGAGCAGCAGCCAGCAGCUGACGGAGCUGAGACGAGAGCUGCAGAACCUGGAGAUCGAGCUGCAGGCGCAGCUCAGCACGAAAAGUUCCCUGGAGAGCUCCCUGGCAGAAGCCGAGUCUCGCUACGGCUGCCUGCUGCAGCAGAUGCAGGGCCAGAUCAACUCGCUGGAGGAGGAGCUGGCCAGCAUCCGCUGCGAGAUGGAGAGCCAGAGCCAGGAGUACAAAAUGCUGCUGGGCAUCAAGAGCCGCCUGGAGCAGGAGAUUGCCCAGUACAGGGCCCUGCUGGAGGAAGGCCAGCAGGACAUCGUUGCUUCCCAAGGAGUCGGGAAAUCCUCCCAGGCAUUUUCUUCCUCUUACUACUCUCACUCCCAGGGUGCAGACAUGGCAGGACAGUCACGAGUGUGCUAG